AUGCAGUCUGCAAAGGAGAAGAUCAGUAACUUGGCCAGUGCUGCCAAGGAGAAAGUAGAGACUCACAAAGCCAAAACGGAAGAGAAGGUUGAGAAGAUGACUGCGAGGACAGAGGAAGAGAAGAGAAUAGCGGAGGAGAAGAGAAGAGCUAAAGAGGCAGAAGCGAAGAUGAAGCUGCAUGAGUCCAAAGCCAAGCAUGAAGCCGAUAAACUGACUACUGGUGCUCCUGCAACUGAUGGCGGUGCUCCGAUGGGCAGGACCGCAGUUCCAUCGUAUCCCCCGGGAGGUUACAGCACCCGAAAACUGCCCUAGUUAUAUAGCUAGUAUUAGUUGGUAGUCUAGAAUGAGCUAGCUAUAGCUUCUC